GGAGACUGACAAUAAUGGCGUCCUUGUCAGCGCCUCUCUCGUGUCUGCUUACCCGCAGAGUCUCUCUCCAGGGAGCCGCACGGGUUUCUUGUCGAGUCCUGAGAGCUUCGCACCCCGCGGCUCGUGUGUGGGGACGGAAUUUCGGCGCGGUGCACCGUGGACGUAGUGAACUGUUGCCGCUACAAGCUAGCUCUCUUCGGAGGACCGCCCACUUGUCGACGUCAUCACCGUCACGUGUGUCCAGUAGCUCCUUGUGGUCUGUUUACAAUAAGACCAAAAAAUACACAGAAGAUGUCCUCCCGUCCAUCACCGGCACACCCGUCAACCCCGACACCAUCUUCGCCAACAACGAGAUGAGCCUCAGGGACAUCGAGAUUUAUGGCUUCGAUUACGACUACACGCUGGCCUUCUACUCCAGUCACCUCCACACCCUCAUCUUCAACAUAGCGCGGGACAUCCUGAUCACUAAGCACAGGUAUCCAGAGGACUUACGGAAUUAUGAGUAUAUCCCCAAUUUUGCUGUGAGGGGUCUUCACUAUGAUGUCCAGAAGGCACUGCUGAUGAAGAUUGAUGCGUUCCACUACAUCCAGCAGGGGACCGUAUACAGAGGUCUUCACCCGGUUCCUGACGAGGAAGUCAUCGCCAUGUACGAAGGCUGCCAUGUCCCUCUUGAGAUUAUGAGUGACUUCUAUGGGAAGAGUUCUCACGGCCUUAGCAUGAAACAGUUCAUGGACAUCUUCUCCCUGCCGGAGAUGACCCUCUUGUCGUGCGUCAACGACUUCUUCAUGAAGCACAACAUCGACUACGAGCCGGUGCACCUCUACAAAGACGUCAAGGAAGCCAUCAGGGACGUUCACGUCAAGGGCAUUAUGUACCGAGCGGUGGAGGCGGAUAUUGGCAAAUACAUUUGCUACGGGGAGCAGAGCCACGCUGUGCUGAAGAAGUUGGCAAAGCACGGAAAGAAGAUGUUCCUCAUCACGAACAGCCCCUUUGACUUUGUGGACCGAGGGAUGAACUACAUUGUCGGGAGGGACUGGAGGGACCUGUUUGAUGUAGUUAUAGUUCAGGCUGACAAACCCAGCUUCUUCAACGACAGGAGAAAGCCUUUCAGGCGGGUGACCGACAAAGGUGCUCUGCUGUGGGACCGAAUACACAAGUUGGAAAAAGGGAAGAUCUACAAACAGGGAAACCUGUAUGAGUUCCUAAGACUGACUGGAUGGAGUGGCUCCAAAGUGCUCUACUUUGGCGAUCAUAUCUACAGCGACUUGGCAGAUUUAACCCUGAGGCACGGCUGGAGGACGGGAGCCAUCAUCCCCGAGCUGAGGAAGGAGAUCAAGAUCAUCAACACGGAGCAGUACGCACACACGAUAAGCUGGAUGCAGGCGCUGACCGGCCUCAUUGAGCAGAUGCAGGUGCACAGAGACGAAGCCUCUCAAGCUGUGGUGGAGGAGUGGAUACGAGAGCGAGAAGCCAUGAGGCCGCACACCAAGGACAUGUUCAACCCCCAAUUCGGGAGCCUCUUCCGCACCUACCACAACCCCACCUACUUCUCACGCCGCCUGUCGCGCUUCGCCGACAUCUACAUGGCGUCCAUCAGCUGCCUUCUCAACUACGACUUCCAACACACUUUCUUCCCCAGACGCACCCCCCUGCAGCACGAGUCCCCCGUCUGGCCCGGACAAGCGCCGCCCGAGUCGGAGCGCUCGUCCAGCAGCUAAGGACGGUUGAAGUAAGAAGCCUCAGCUUGUAAGUACAGGCACAGAUACCAUGGCGUCCAUGCGGAGGUUCUUGUGGUUCAUAGGCAACCGUGUCAUGAAUGUACCGUUUCCAAGUGCAUUCAUUGUAAAAUAACUCCUUCAUUUGCCAGAAUGUAAGGACUGUGUUACUUUUUAAAAUGGGAGGUUUUAAAGGUCAUUCUUCUCUCUUCAUAUGUAAUGUUUACAUUACUGUACAAACAGCCUUAAUCAUCACUUUAAAUAGCGUUAAAAUGACACUUCCUUGAAGUACAGUCGUGGUCAAAAGUUUACAUACACUUGUAAAGGACAUAAUGCAUACUUGCCAACCUUGAG